CAGAACAGAACAGAAAGAAAUAAGACUAAAAGCCCCCUCUAUAUUAUUAUUUUCCAAUCAAUCCAAGUACUCUCCAAUCUCUUUCAUCAUAAACAAAGAUUCUUCUCUAUUCUCCAACUCUUUUGCUUCUUCCAAAGUGGCAUCAAAAACUAGAAGAAAAUGGGGUGUGGCAAUUUGUUCUUCACAGUCCUCAUAACCUUCUCAGUGGCACUCAUAACAUACAACAUCAUAAUCUCUGCCAAUGCCCCUCUCAAGCAGGACUUCCCAGGCCCCUCACGCCCCUCCAUCAAGGUGGAUCCCCUCAUCAAGAUGCCACUCCACAGAUCAUCAUCCUCGGAGAAAUCAAAAAAGAGGUUGUUUCACACUGCUGUCACUGCCUCUGAUUCUGUGUACAACACGUGGCAGUGCAGAGUGAUGUACUAUUGGUUCAAGAAGUUCAGGGAUGGAGGAGGAGACGAAUCCGGGAUGGGGGGUUUCACCCGGAUCCUGCACUCGGGGAAGCCUGACCAGUUCAUGGAUGAGAUCCCCACCUUUGUUGCUCAGCCUCUGCCUGCUGGGAUGGAUCAGGGUUACAUAGUCCUUAAUAGACCAUGGGCAUUUGUGCAGUGGCUUCAACAAGCAGAUAUUAAAGAAGAUUACAUAUUGAUGUCAGAGCCAGAUCAUAUAAUUGUCAAACCUAUACCCAACUUAGCCAGAGAUGGGCUAGGAGCUGCAUUUCCUUUCUUUUAUAUUGAGCCUAAGAAGUAUGAAACUGUGCUAAGGAAGUACUUCCCUGAGGAGAAGGGACCAAUAACCAAUAUUGAUCCAAUUGGGAAUUCACCUGUUAUUGUUGGAAAGGAAUUCCUCAAGAAGAUUGCUCCCACAUGGAUGAAUGUUUCCCUGGCAAUGAAGAAGGAUCCUGAAACUGAUAAAGCUUUUGGAUGGGUGCUUGAAAUGUAUGCUUACGCUGUUGCAUCUGCUCUUCAUGGUGUUCGUAACAUAUUAUACAAGGACUUCAUGAUUCAGCCUCCAUGGGAUCAAGAAAUUGGCAAGACAUACAUAAUUCACUACACUUAUGGCUGUGACUAUACAAUGAAGGGUGAGCUAACCUAUGGAAAGAUUGGAGAAUGGAGAUUUGAUAAAAGAUCUUAUGAUAAAGUUGCUCCCCCAAAGAAUCUGACAUUGCCACCACCCGGUGUUCCAGAAAGUGUGGUGACUCUCGUAAAAAUGGUGAAUGAAGCUACUGCAAAUAUUCCAAAUUGGUGGUCAUAGGGAAGGUUAAAGGUGUUGCAAAUUACGAUAGUUGGAGAAUGCGUUGGACCUAUGGCCAUUUUAAAUGGAAGGGCAUUGUACACGUCAUUGCUUAUGUAUUUAUGCAUUCUUCGAAUAUAGUUUGACCAGUGAGUGAGACAAACCUGUGGAAUUGAUAUCACUGGUGCUUCUACAAAAUGCUUUGGUUCAACUUGCUUCACCUUAAUUUUCAUUAAUCCUAAAGGUGUCUACUAA